AUGGGCCUAAGAAGGAGCGGAAAGUCAUCUAUCUCUAGCGUAGUGUUCCAUAAAAUGCCGCCCCACGAAACCUUGUUCAUAGAAUCUACCGCAAGGCUCCAAAAAGAUUCCAUGCUCUCUUUCAUGGACUUCCAGGUCUGGGACUUUCCUGGACAAAUCGAUUUCUUGGAUUCAUCCUUCGACCUUGAUGCAAUUUUCGGAGAAAUUGGAGCUUUAAUUUGGGUGAUUGACGCGCAGGACGACUAUCUCGAAGCUAUCGCGCGACUCAACAGCACUUUCUUAAAUCUACAGCCACACUAUCCUCAAGUCAACAUCGAGGUUUUUAUUCAUAAAGUGGACGGUCUCUCAGAUGAUUAUAAGCUCGAUGUUCAGCGAGAUAUUGUCCAACGUAUCCAGGACGAACUCUCUGAUAACGGGAUCGAGAAUGCGCAAAUUAACUUCCACCUGACUUCUAUCUAUGACCACUCUAUCUUCGAAGCCUUUAGUAAAGUCAUUCAGAAGCUCAUCCCGCAUCUAUCGACGCUAGAAGCCCUUCUCAAUAACCUUUGCUGCUCCUCAGGCUUCGAGAAGUGCUACCUUUUCGACGUACUUUCCAAGAUCUACGUAGCUACCGACUCUUCACCUAUUGACAUGCCGUCUUACGAAAUUUGUAGCGACUUUAUCGAUGUUAUUGUCGAUCUUGCUGAAAUAUAUGGCUGGCAACGGCCACAGGACUACAUUAAUAAGCUAGAAGGCCCUCCUUGGAAUAAGCCGCUGAAAGACCAGGUCGCAUGCCCCGAAGUCGAGGCAUGCUGUGUAAUUAAUGACGGCAAGCGACCUAUAGUACUGCGUGAGGUCAAUAAGUAUCUUGCACUCGUGGCGGUCGCGCGUGAAGGAGCCUACAGCAAAAUGCCAUCUAUCACAGAAAAUAUUAACGUAACGGUAGAGGGCUUGUUAAAAGUAUUCGAAGUGACACAAGGCCGAAAUGAUUUGUCCGAAGGCCGAUGA